AUGUGUCUCGGCUGCGGUUCUUCUACACAAGUUCCAGAUAAUUUUGUUGGAAAAUGGACUCAUGACAAGUCAACUUAUAUGAGUAUCGAGCCUAAUGGGAAAGUACAUUACAUCAAAUCGGGACGAGGACGAACCUAUAAAUGGAAUGGACCUGUUAGUUACAACAAUGAUGGCUUUUCGGGUAGUUGUUGUUUCUGCUUUACUAUCGAAGGAAAAUAUAAUGGCUCAAAUCCUCAACAACCAACGUUUAUUGUUGAUGGUAAUGUAUUGACUAAAACAAUAACUCAACAACCAGGCCGCACUUAA